AUGAAAAUCAUAUCAACUGAGCCGUCAAUCACACACACUGUGACUGAGUUUGUCCUCCUGGGUUUUUCUGGUCACAGGGAAAUGCAAAAUCUCCUCUUCUCCUUGAUCUUAGUGGUUUACAUCCUGACUUUGUUGGGAAAUGGAGCCAUUGUCUCUGCAGUGAAAUGGGACAAGCAACUCCACACACCCAUGUACAUCCUCUUGGGGAACUUUGCUUUCCUUGAAAUAUGGUAUGUUUCUUCUACUGUUCCCAACAUGUUGGCCAACUUUCUAUCUGAGACCAAGACCAUCUCUUUCUAUGGAUGCUUCUUCCAGUUCUACUUCUUUUUCUCCUUGGGUACUACUGAGUGUUUCUUCCUAUCAGUCAUGGCAUAUGAUCGGUACCUAGCCAUCUGCAGACCACUACACUACCCCAUCAUCAUGACAGGGAAAUUCUGUAUCACCCUGAUAGCUGCCUGUUGGGUGAGUGGAUUUCUUUGUUAUCCAGUUCCCAUUAUCCUUAUAUCUCAGCUGCCUUUCUGUGGCCCUAACAUCAUCGAUCACUUUGUCUGUGACCCAGGCCCAUUAUUUGCACUCACCUGUGUCCCUGCUCCUAUUAUUAAGCUCAUCUGCUACACUUUUAACUCCAUGAUUAUUUUUGGACCCUUCCUCUCCAUCCUUGGAUCCUACACCCUGGUCCUCCGAGCUGUGCUACGUGUUCCCUCUGGUGCUGGACGACGUAAAGCCUUCUCCACAUGUGGAUCCCACCUGGUGGUCAUGUCUCUGUUCUAUGGCACUCUCAUGGUAAUGUAUGUAAGCCCAACAUCUGGAAAUCCAGCUGGAAUGCAGAAGAUUGUCACACUGGUGUACUCAGUAAUAACUCCACUGUUAAACCCUCUAAUCUACAGUCUACGCAACAAGGACAUGAAAAAUGCCCUGAGGAAAGUCCUAGAAAGAUUGAAAAUUAACCAGAUUUCAUGA